UUGAAGUGUUUCGUCACCGGCGGCUGCGGAUUCAUCGGGUCGCACCUGGUGGACCAGCUUGUGGAACUUGGCAACGAGGUGACGGUCCUUGAUGACCUGUCUACCGGGGAUCGACUCCGACGCAAUCGCCAAGCCGAGUUGAUCAUCGGAUCGGUGACGGACCUGCCGACGGUGACCGCCGUGACAGAGACCGCGAACCCGUACACGCGGCUAUUCGGCAUGACGGUUGUCUCCCUGCGCUACUUCAACGUGUACGGCCCGGGGCAACCGUCCGAAGGCCAGUACUCCCUGGUGAUCCCACGGUUCCUGGGGAUGCGAGACGGGGGACGGCCGUUGACUGUGUACGGCGACGGGCGCCAGAUCCGGUCCCAUACCCACGUGUUGGACGUAGUGGAGGCGAACGUGCUGGCCGCCACCGCCGAGCUGCCGGAGGGCGAGCACACGGCCCUGAACCUCGGGACCGGUCAGGAAACCUCGGUGAACGAGAUCGCAGAGGCCAUCGGCGGGCCAGUACAGCACAUCCAGAAAGCGAGAGAGGCUGACUGUCGAUGUCCAGAGAGAAGCGGCUGGCGUGUCCCCAAUGCGAAGGGACGAACAACAUCGUAA